AUGACUCUGAAUCACAGCAAAACAUGGCCCGUCAGUACUUUGGCAGUAGUACAGCUGAGGGUCGAUCCACAGGGAAAAACCUACACCAAUGUAGACGACGAAAAUCGUCACGAAAAAACGGCCGAACAAGCUAUAAGAGAAAAAUCCCCACUCAUAACUGAACACCGUCAGAAAGACAUCAAAGAUGAUGCGGAGGAAAUAAACGGUUAUGGGGGAGGGGUGGUGCCAUUAUCGAAAAAACAUUUGGAAUUGUUCACGAAAAUGUCGAGUGUUCCUAGAAUCAGGACUACUGUGAGGACUGAUACCGUUUCAACUAUACUGGAUACGACUGAGUUCGAGUUGGAGAGGAUAGAGGAGAGUGGCGAGCUCGGACGUCCCGAACCCACCCCCGAUGACGUCAUCGUAGGGCCCGAGGUCCCUGUGCACUCCCCCCUACAGAAAUUCCAUGUGUUGGCCCUGACUCGCAUCGAUGAGUCGAUCGACGAGGCGGCCUUGGGGGGGAGCGGGAAAGAAUGCCACGUGGGGCGGCGGCCUAGCGUCAGGGUCGACAACUGGGAUUUCAUCUAUACGGAGACGCUGCCUGACGCUCAGAUCCAUUGCCCGGUGCAUCACUAUACCUUGUCACCUCCAGCCAGCACCCACCUCAAAAACUCUCUGCUACCUCCAGAGCUACCUCUAGACGCAAGAAAAACAACUACUUUGAGGCGCCAUUACUACCCCGAAAGCGGUUGGGGGUGGGUGGUGGUUGUUUGUGCUGUGCUCGUGCAUGUGUUGAACCAUGGAAUUCAAUUGGGGUGUUCUCAGUUGGUGAUCCCAGGAGCAAAGAAGUUCAAGGUGGAAACAGUUCAUUUUGCAGGUGAGUGAUUGUCUUAGUAUACAUAGAAAUA